AUGGAAGGCACCUCGACGGGUCAGAGACCGUAUAUACGAUUGACAUCACAAUUGAAGAAUGCCACAAGGAAUUCAGGAGAUGAGGUUCGAUUUCGGUGUGAAGCAUUAGGAACAGCUCCCCUCAAAUUCAUGUGGCUCAAAAACCAUGCUCCAGUCGAGAAAUCAAAGCGCGUUAAAAUUCGAGAUAAAGAGAAUUCGUCACGUUUGGUAAUAACGCAACUGGAUGUUCUCGACAGUGGCUACUAUCAAUGCGUCGUCUCGAAUGCGGCCGCCUCUGUUAAUACGACCUCUGUGCUUCGGGUGAACAACGUGCCGGAUGCACUGAAAGAACGCAAAGGAGGCAAAAAGCAUCACAACUUUGACGACUACGAAGACUACGAGCUAAUGGAUCGAGGCCGCCUUCCAGAUGAGGAAGACGCCGACUUAUAUCGGGUCCCUGACAACGCUGCCGGCGCUAACUAUGCCUCGAUUGGUGUUUCUGAACGGUGGCUUGAUGGAAUCAAAUUUAGAGUUGGAGACUGUGUGCAAUAUCGUGGUGAGGCCUGUAGACAGUACCUAUCAAACAAAUAUGUGAUGAUGACAAAUGAGAGUCGUGAAGAAAUGUACGAUAUUGAUCGCAACCUUCGAGCUGCGAUGUUAUUUAUCAACGGAGCUCCGACGAUCUCGCAAAAAUGUCGCCAGAUCUCUCAGGCGGUUGCCUGUCAUCACAUGUACAAAGUGUGCGAUUCAGAGGAGAGCAAUAAGAUUGUAUCAAUAUGCCGAAACGAUUGCGAACAGAUACAGGACAAAGAGUGCCCCACCGAGCUUGCCCUUGCUGCUCAGCACGAGCUUGUUGGAGAUACCCCGAAGGCGUUGUUUCCAAUGUGCUCGAAAUUGGGCAUCACGUCGAAUUGUAUACCUAUUCUGAAUGGCGCAUCACAACCCAACCCUCCUAUUGACAACCGUCGUGGACAUCUCACUCAUUGGUGCUAUGCGAAUAGUGGGACACAAUAUGAAGGAACCGUGUCGACAACGAUCACCGGAAAACAAUGCGCCCCAUGGUCCGACUCGACAUCUCGCGAAUUCAAUAUUCAUCGCUAUUCUGAGUUGGCGAGAUCCAAGAACUACUGUCGCAACCCGGGCGGCAAAAAGACGCGUCCUUGGUGCUAUUCGCUGCCACUGGGUCAAGAAGAGUACUGUGAUGUGCCGCAGUGCCCAGCUGACAUGUAUCCAGGACUUGACAAGCCGAAUGGAAAGGGAAGCAACGGUGUUUCCGAAUCAGUUUCGGCACUUUGGGAUUCGUUGGAACCGACGGCACAAUUGGCUCUUGUCGGCGGAGGCGUAUUUUUCUCUCUUCUACUUUUGCUUCUGUUUUGUUGUGCAUGCUGUUGCCGAGCGAAAAAGAAGUCGCAGAAGGCGAGACAUCAUCACCAAAACUCUUCGCACGCGGCUCUACACUGCUCAAAUGCUCCAUCGGUCAUCAACAGCGCUGCUAACUCGGCAUACUAUCGGAAAUUGAACGGAACCAGUACACCAAUCAUGGCUCGCGGACCGGGACAACCGCAUGUCGAAAUGGCCUCGCUAUUGCCGAAUCAUCUCGGACCACCACCAUAUCCCGAGCACAUGCCGCCUCAGAUUCCUCAUUUUGCCAAUCACCCUGAAUCGAUUGAUGAGAACUCAUACAGAGUUCUCGAGAUCGCCCCAUCUCAAUUAAAUGUUCGCGAAUUAAUCGGUGAAGGACAAUUUGGUGUCGUUCAUUCCGGAAUUUACACGAGCGGACUGUUCGGACCAGAACCGAUGACUGUCGCUGUCAAGAAGUGCCGACCAGAUGCGACGAACGCCGAGCGGGCAAGUCUUGAGCAAGAGAUCCGCACUGUCGCUUCUUUUGAUCAUCCGAAUGUGAUCAAGCUUAUCGGCGUCUGCUACCUUGACAAUCAUCUAACUGCUGUGUUUGAGUACAUGGUUCACGGCGAUCUUCAUGAUCUCCUACGGCUCAGAGCUCCAUCAAGUUUGGAUCAUGACAUGGAAAGAGUCAAUUCGGAUAAUGCCGAUUUCCUCAACAUCGCCACGCAGAUUUCUCAAGGAAUGGAGUAUCUCGCAUCAAUGUCUUAUAUCCAUCGAGAUCUCGCAACAAGAAAUUGCCUUGUUGGUGAUAAUCGCACUAUCAAAAUUUCCAACUUCGGAUUGACGAGAUCUUGCUAUGAUCAUGACUACUACAAGAUGCUCCAUCGUCCAUGGAUGCCGGUGCGCUGGAUGUCGAAGGAAGCUAUUGAGCAAGGCCGACUCAGCGAGGCUUCGGACGUUUGGUCCUUCGGUGUGACACUUUGGGAGAUUUGGUCGUACGGUCGACAGCCAUAUGAAGGUGCUACGAAUCAGCAGGUCAUUGAGCUGAUUGCAAACCGCCAUCUCCUUGAAUGCCCCAAUAAUUGCCCUACAAACAUAUACAGUUUGAUGGUCGAAUGCUGGCAUGAGAAUGUUGAAAGAAGGCCAACGUUCUCUGAAAUUCGCAGUCGUCUUCAAGCGUGGUCGCUGGCAAGUCCAGCCCACUCAAUACUUCAGCAGCAUAAUAACCGAGCAGGUUCUCAUAGUGGUUCAUCUGGCGCUGGUCGCGGAAAUUCAGGCUCACGUGGAUAUCAGAGUCAAAAAAUGCAUCGUCGUGGUGAAGGAGCGUCGCCAUUAAUGAAACGCCACGACGCCAAUUAUGCAUACAGUGAAGAUGGCGAUUCCGAUUAG